CAGCACGCGCUCUCGGCUCGACGGUAAUGGCGGCGCCCGCGCCGGAGGGGGAGGAGAAGGCGGCGGCGGGGCACCCGCUGCUUCGGGUGCUGAGGCGGGACAAGUACACGCACGGGCUGCGCCCGGUGCAGAUGGAGGCGCUCCGGGCCAUGUGCGGCGCGCUCAUCCCGUCACUGCAGCCCGAGGAGGAGGAGGCUCUCGACGGCCGCGUCGACCCUCCGUGCGGCAACAAGGACCUCGAGCGGUUCUACCUCGCCUCCGGCGCCGAUGCCACCGUCCCGGACGAGGUUGCAGAGCUGGCGUCCCGGUGCGUAUGGGAGGGAGUGGUGCUGGUGAAUGUCACCCUCUGGCUCCUGUGUACCAGGCUCGGCACGCUGGCGCUGUGCGGCCGGCUGUGCCUCUCCGGCGAGUUCCCGUACGUGCGCCGCUUCGCCGACAUGCCGGUGGAGCGGCGGGAGGAGGCGCUCAAGGGCUGGACCAGGGCCCGCUGGCUCAUCCCCGUCAAGAUCGCCUUCGCCAUCGUCAAGAUCAUCUGCCUCAACGUCUUCUACACCACGGUGACGAAAAACUCUGAGAAUCCAUGCUGGAAAGCAAUAGGUUACAGCGUGCCAGAUGUGGAAGAGCAACGGAGGGAAAGUCGAACAGAAGCGAGCACGCGGCGUUCUUUGGACAACGGCGUCGUGCAGACCAGGGAGCUCGACCACGCAGCCCUGCUCAGGUCACUCGCAGACAAGGGCCUCGCGGUAAAGCCCACGGCAUCGGGCUCGCACCACACGCUGGAAUGCGACGUCGUCAUCGUCGGUUCAGGUUGCGGCGGUGGCGUGGCUGCCGCGGUGCUCGCGUCCGCGGGGCACAAGGUGGUUGUCGUUGAGAAGGGAGACUAUUUCACGGCCGACGAUUACAGCUCGGUCGAGGGCCCAUCCAUGGAGCGCCUCUACGAGCAGGGCGGCAUCUUCUGCACCACCAACGUGACGACCGUCCUGUACGCCGGCGCCACCGUUGGCGGCGGCUCGGCGGUGAACUGGUCGGCCAGCAUCCGCACGCCACGGGAGGUCCUGCAGGAGUGGUCGCGCGAGCACGAGCUCCCGGUCUUCGCGGGCGCGGCGUACGCGCAGGCCAUGGACGCGGUGUGUGCCCGCCUCGCCGUCACCAACGUGUGCCGGGAGGAAGGGUUCCAGAACAAGGUGGUCCGCCGCGGGUGCGAGGCGCUCGGACUGCCCGUCGACGCCGUGCCGCGCAACUCGUCGGAGGAGCACCACUGCGGGAGCUGCUUCCUCGGGUGCCCGACGGGAGACAAGCGCGGCACCGACACCACGUGGCUCGUCGAUGCCGUCCAGCAUGGCGCGGUGAUCCUGGCAGGGUGCAAGGCCGAGCGCUUCAUACUCGAGAGCGGCGGCGGCAGCAAGAACGGGCGGAGCAAGAAGUGCGUCGGCCUGGUGGCCACAUGCACGAGCAACAACGGCAUCCCCACGAAGCUGCGCAUCGAGGCCAAGGUGUCCAUCUCGGCGUGCGGGGCGCUCAUGACGCCGCCGCUGCUGCGCAACAGCGGGCUCAGGAACCGGCACGUCGGCCGGAACCUGCACCUCCACCCGGUGUCCAUGGCGUGGGGGUACUUCCCGGACACGAACGACAUCACGGGCAAGUGCUACGAGGGCGGCAUCAUCACCAGCAUGCACCGCGUCACCGACCGCACCAUCAUCGAGACGCCGGCGCUUGGGCCGGGCGCCUUCGCCUCGCUUGUGCCGUGGGAGUCCGGCCGCGACAUGAAGGAGCGGAUGCGCCGGUACGCGCGCACCGCGCACGCGUUCGCGCUGGUCCGCGACCGCGCCGCGGGCACCGUGGACGGCGAGGGCCGCGUGCACUUCGCCCCGAGCCGCGACGACACCGAGGAGCUCCGCAAGGGCCUGCGCCGCGCGCUGCGCAUCCUGGUGGCGGCCGGCGCGGCGGAGGUGGGCACGCACCGCAGCGACGGGCUGCGGCUGCGGUGCAAGGGCGUGCAGGAAAAGGACCUGGAGGCGUUCCUGGACGAGGUGACCGUCCCGAGGGGCCCGCUGCAGGCCGGCACGGACACAUGGGCGCUCCUCUGCUCGGCGCACCAGAUGGGCAGCUGUCGGAUGGGUGCCAGCCCCAAGGACGGCGCCGUCGACGGCCGCGGCGAGAGCUGGGAGGCCGAGGGCCUGUACGUAUGCGACGGCAGCCUCCUCCCCACCGCCGUCGGCGUCAACCCGAUGAUCACGAUACAGUCCCUUGCCUACUGCCUCUCCGUGGACAUCGCCGAGUCCUUGGCGCAGAGCAAGAAACAUUCUUGACGGAGGGUCGUGUAUGUAUGUGUGCACUACUGACAUACUGCACUGUCCACAACUCCAGAUGAUUCAUGACGGAUAUGUAUCUGAUUGUUAUGUAAUUUCUUGCUGUUCAAAUGCUUUCUUCUUCUUGAGAAACAAUCUUACUGACCAAA